GAGAUUAUCCUGGUGUUGAUCAUCACAAUGGCUAGUAUUCUAAAAUCUUGCAUGCAAUUCACGUUGAAAUCUGUGAACCUGAUAAUGGCAAUGGUAGGGAUUGCUAUGAUCUUAUAUGGCUUUUGGAUGCUCAGGGUUUGGCAUAGAGACAUGUCAGGCUCAUCUUAUGAAGACUUGGAUUAUACUGCUCCAUGGUUUAUAUACACUUUUCUGGCCACAGGUGUCACCUUAUGCCUACUAACAUGCCUAGGCCAUAUUGCUGCUGAUAGUGCAAAUAGAUUUUGCCUUUUAUGUUACAUGGUGAUAAUCUCAGUGCUUCUACUGAUAGAGACUGGAAUUACAGCUGAUAUACUCUUAAACGAAGACUGGGAAAAGGAUAUACCCGAUGAUCCAACGGGGAGGUUCCGUGAUUUCAAACAAUUUGUGGAGACUAAUAUCGACAUCUUCAAAUGGAUAUUCUUGAUUAUUUUCUUAGGACAGGGACUUUCAGUACUAUUGGCUAUGGCUCUGAGAGCUUUUAUUCCCACCAACCAAUGUUCAAACUAUGAUAGUGAUAAAGAAUUCACUCAAGCCAGGCAACCACUCAUAAAUAACCAUGCUCAAAAACCUGCUUAUGUCAUUGGAGAACCUCCUUUUGCAAACAAGAACGAAACUUGGAACACGAAUAAGUGAUAGAAAGGGAGUCUGAGAUUUUACGUAUCAUUUACAUAUCACAGGGGAGAGAAACAGAAAAGCAGAGCUGCUAUGGAAAACACUGCCAAGCUAGAAGCACGAUUGAUAUUCAGACCAGAAAACAAGUUUCAGCAUCGCGUUAGAGUGGUUAAAUUCGUAAAUCAUGUCAUUUUUCCGUUGUGUUAUGUUCAUAAUUUGUGUUAUAUAGACUUUGACACGUUCAUACA